GCAUCUCGUGCCACAGCCCCAGCCAGAGACUCUUAUUUCAUUAUCAGAUAACUGGAACAGAAAAGGGGAACCGUUUCUGCUACUGGGAUUUGACUACAUCUAACAGCAGCAGCCUCCGUGUCGAACCCUCCUUUCUGUGGGAGGGGCCGGGACAAGGGGGCCGUUGGAAGACGCUGAGAGCCACCUGCUCCUUCUCUUUCCUCAGGUUGUCUUUCUACUCCGGACACUCGUCCUUUGGGAUGUACUGCAUGCUGUUCUUGGCGCUCUAUGUGCAGGCGCGGCUCUGUGGGAAGUGGGCACGGCUGCUGCGGCCCACCGUCCAGUUCUUCCUGGUGGCCUUUGCCCUCUACGUGGGCUACACCCGCGUGUCUGAUUACAAGCACCACUGGAGCGAUGUGCUUGUUGGACUCCUGCAGGGGGCACUGGUGGCUGGCCUCACGGUGAGCUUCUCACCCUAACUCCAGCCAUCCCCUGUGUUGUCCAGAGACCACUCGCCACCCACCCCUCGUCCUGCCCUGGGCACCCUUGCCCACUGAGUCCUUCCCUGGGCCUCCUCCCUGUCAGUCCUCCCUGGGACCCCUCCUUCUGCCCCCAUUUCACCCCAGGGACCCCUUUCCCCCAACCCCAGUCCUUCCCUGGACCCCCCUGCAC